AAUAAUAAAUAGGUCUUUAAAAGCCCCAACUUGGCGCCCCUUCACCCUUUUCCACUACACAAAACCCUAGCCACUGAAAUCAUCGGCGACAACGCCGGUAGUAUCGACGGAAACGGCGCCGGAGACCUAGUCGGAGACUCUCGAGAUCGUCCACAAUGGAAAUGCAAAGGAAAAUAAAGGAAAAUUUCGUAAUUUUAGUAGGUUAAUAUGAGAAAAUGAUUAAUUAAAUCAUUUGGUUUUUAGAACUGGUGUUCUAGAUGAAUUAGAUAAUUUAUUGGAUGAAAUCAAUUUUAAAGUCAGUAUUGAAUUUAGGAUUGAUAUGAGAAGCAUUGAUUCUAGGAAGUAAUCCAUUUGAUUCUAGGAAAGCAUUUUAUAAAAUGCCACAUAACAAAAAAUGAAAAAGUAUAGAUAGAAAAUUAGAGAACUCCAAAAUUCAAGCAAAAGAACUAGAAGAAGAAAAGCAAUAAUAAAUAAAUAAACAAAUAUUGAAAUGAAUGAUUGAGUGAGAAAUUGUAAAUGAAGGCUAUUGGAAUGCUUAGGAUUCAUUUGAAGAUGCAUACAAAAGUUUAAUAGAAUUAAUCGACAUCAUUUUUUAUCAUAAAUAGCUCAUUAAUUAUAAAUCUUACCUGAAAUAUUCCUUCAUAUGGAAUAUUGUUGCUUAGAGAAGUAUUUGAGAAGUCUCUCCAUGUUUUCUAUUGAAUAAAAUUUUCCAAAGAUAAAAUAUCGACAACAAAUUUUAUUCUAGAUACUUCAGAAUGUAAUGUUAAUUGGAAGCAAUGGUAGUGUAACAUAUAGAAACAUAAAGCAUGCAUAUAUUAUACUAUGAAUAGUUAGGUUCUAUUCCAUAAAAUAUGAAUCUAAUGCCUUGAAAAGAAUAUUUUGACACUGAAAAUUACCUAUGCCCCAAAGAAAAGGAAGGAGAAAAGAAAAUAAAAUUGGGUACAUAUUUAGUUAAGUUCCAUAGAAAUUCAAAUUGAGUAAACCUUUGAUAAGAACAUUGGGAGAUUUUACCAAUGAGAUCAAUGAUAAAAGGAAAUGCUAACAUUGUGCAAUAUGGUGGAAAAAAGAAUAUAAUCAAUCAUUUAAAAAAAAAAAAAAAAAGGGAGAAAAAUGGAAAAAGGAAAAAGGAACAAAGAGAUAAAAAAAAAAAAGAAAAAAGAAUGGAUUUCCUCAUAUCUUUGGUAAAACGAAAAUCUACCUUUUGUAAAUUUAAAUCAUGGGUAGUUAUACUGUGUGUGGUGAUGAUAUCCUAAAUAUACAUUAUACAAUUUAGACUAACUCAUUGAUUUGGACUCAAAACUGCAUAUUAGACUUGAGUUCUACGACCAAUCAAUACAUCUUCUAAUGUGAUGGCUUUUUGAUUAAUGAGUUAGUUAAACCUACAUCAUUAAUGAAAUAUUGAAUCCAAAGCUUCUAGGGUUUUUUUUUCCUUUUUUUUUUUUUUUUCCUUUACCAUUUUUGGAUACAAGAUAUAAUACAUAAGAAUCACAAAAUAGUAUGUUACCAUUACCUAAAUAUAUAAAAAAAAUUAAAUUGUUUGUUACCACAUUUGGAAAAAAGGUUUCUUCCCCCUUUUCUCCAUCUUAGUAGUUGAAAUAUAUGGGAAAUUACCAUGGGCAGAAUGGAUGCAAUUUUGCGGUUUUUGGUUGCUAUCUUGGAAGAUUCUUUUCAUUGCUGCCUAGAAAAGCAUGACCUGUUUCCUUUCUAUCAACAAUGGGGUUUAUUGUAGCAUUAGUUCUCAUGUCCCUUUUAGCAAUGUAUCUAGCAGGUAAUCAGUCUAUUUUACCACCCAAUUUGUGGAAUUGGAUUAUACAAUCUAAACCUGAAACCAAUGGUUCAUUUUUGACUUUGGCCUUGGAUGAGCUGAUUCCCCCUUUAUUUUGACAUUUUGACACGUUGACAGGUUUCAAUAUAUUAGGGACAUACAGGGAACUGAGUUUGGUGAUUUAGCUUAUCCAUGUACUUGGCUAGCAUUACAAAAUUUGAUAGAUGAGAACUUUUAUUUAUUUAUUUGUGAAGGUUAAUAUUCUUUUUAAUGGAAGUUUCUAUGAUUUAACGGUUGACAGUCCAUUUAUUUGACUUUCUAGUUUGCUUGCCUUUCAUUGUCCAUAGUGUUCUAUUUUAUUGCAAACUUUUUCUGCACUUUGAUGUACCACUGGGUCAUAGAAAUUGAUCAAGAUCGAUUUAUCUCUCCAAGAGGGUAUGACCAGAAAUUCAUUACUUUUGAGUUCAUGCACAAUGUUGUUGUUAAACCCCUAUUAUUAUGAUGCAUUUCACAAGGUGUGUGAUUUGUGUGAGUGCAUGGUCCUGAAAUAUGGCAGCUAAAACACCAGUACAAGUUCAGCAAACUAUUUUAAUCACUUGAAACAUAUAAAAAAUGAGUUGUGGCAAGUAAUUUUCUUUGGAUUUAUGUCAGCAAUUGGUAAUAAAUUGAAGUCUAAACUCCCUUUGUAAUCCACGAAGCACAGGCAAGUUUGGUGGUAGAUUAACCAUUCAAGUUAUCUUAGGCUACUAUCUUGAUCACUUUGAUUUGUUGGCUUCUUUGUUUACUUUUAUUUAUUCAUUACUAAUGCAGAGAUCAGCUGCAAAUAAGAAUUUCCAUGCCUUAUAACCAGAAAGGGACCUUAAAAAGCCACCUGAGGGAAAAUUGAUUUGAUUGAUCUGGAUAUUGUUUCCUACUAUAUGAAAAUUCUGCAUUUUAUAUUACUUUAAAAGAUGGAACAAAAACAGUCGGGUUGCACAGGAGGAGCAGAAGCAGUUUUAAAUCUUCAGCCAAACUCUUCAAUCUCUAUCACGUAUCAUCCUCAUUUUGGUCCUCAUGAUGAUCUGAUCCUCCUUGAAAUUGAUGACAAGCUUCUUCCAGAUGUCCUCCACCAGAGGGUAACUUUAAGAGGACAACCCAAUGAAGAUGCUGUUCUUUGUACUCAAUCAAAGACUUAUUCUAUCAAAUUUGUUGGAAACUCCAAUUCUGUGUUCCUUAUACCCCCAGUAGAUCAGUCAGCAUUGCAUGAACAUCCACAAUAUUCUGAUGAGAAAGAUGAUGACCAGCGGGUUGUUGCAUCUGUCAUUAAAGUGGCUCCUGGUAACAUGGAGCUUGUUGAGGUUGCUCCCAGGCUGGACAAGCUUAAAUUGCUUCUCUUGGAGAAUCCUUUUACAUCUGAGGAGGUCUCAGAGAAAGAGGAAUUGGAAGGGAUGGAGGAACAGAAAACAAAUUUGUUUAAAUGGAAUGAUCUUAUAGAUAGGGUUCAAGCCAGUGAUGAUGAAUUGAGGUCUGGAUUACGGGCUCUUUCAGCAGUAGAGAUUGAUGGGUAUUGGAGAAUUGUGGAUGAGAAGUACAUGGGUACUAUUCUGAAUAUGCUUCUGCACAACUCAGUGUUGAAUGAUUGGUCAUUAGAUGCACUUGGUGAAGAUGAAGUUGUGGGUGUUCUGGAAUCAGAUGGUUUUCCUCGCACACUAGGGUUACAUUGUUUGCAAGUUUAUGGUAGCAAGGUGGAUGAGGGUGUUGGCAGUUGUGUAUGGAAGUUGGAUGAGAGGCGCUUAUGCAUUCAUUUUGCUAGAGAAAUCUUGAAGGAUGGGAAGAGGAAGAUGGAAAGUUUCAUGGAGGAGUGGAUUCAAAAGAUUCCAGAUGGGAUGCAGGCAAGUUUUGACAUGUUGGAAGGUGAAGUUUUGACAGAAAAGUUUGGGGUUGAGACAUGGGUUCGUGCCUUUAGUGUUUCUUCCCUGCCCUCUAACCCAGCUGCACGUUUCUCCAUGCUUUUUCAAGAGCGGCCAAAAUGGGAGUGGAAGGAUCUACAGCCCUAUAUAAGGGAUUUGACUGUACCGGGUCUUUCUUCAGAAGGCUUGCUUCUGAAAUACACACGAAAAACACAACCAAACUCAGAUGCAGAGCCUGUAUUUAGUGCCAGAUAGUAUCAUCUAUCAACUGGUAACCUAUUGUGAGUGAAUUUUUAUGGUUAAACUAUUGAUGGAAGUCUUGGGAAUAGAAAAAUACAAAUUCUGUAAGCUGUCUUUACUGUUAAUCCACUAAAUAUUCCCAUGUUUGAUGUUUA